UCUUGAGUCUGACCCUUUACCAAAUUGAUAAGAGUACGAGAAUAGCCACGCAUGCGCUAAUCGGCGGUGCAUACUGCAUUCCUGUGGUUACGACGCUUGCGAGAUUAUGACUUGUAGCAUUGUGCAUUUGUGCCAUGGUAGAAGUUAAUGAGGAAUGCUGAUUACGACAUCGGCAAUGGACUUAUUUGACGGGUUCGGGACAGUGUGAUUCCGCCGUUUCGUACUUUAAUAAUUUAUUGUUCUUAUAUAACUUGAAGAGAACUUAUUAAAUUGUUAUAAAGUACACUGUGAAUCAGCAUUGUUUCUGCAAUUCCGCCCGUUAUAACAUUAAAGAUAUAUCACAAUGGAUGAAAAUAUUGUCAGUACAUCAGAUACCAAUGAAAUCAGCCAGCCUGCUGUUGAUGAAUGGAAAAAUGAUGUAAAUAAUAUUUCCUAUAAUGAUGACCAUGAGCAGAAUGUAGUAGAAACACUAAAUGAUAUCACAUUAAAUGAUAAUUCUGUAUUUGAAAAUGCUGAUAAAGAAACAUCAAAAGACCAGUUAGGUAAAAAAAAUGAUUCAAGAUAUCGGAAAGGAUCUGGACGGUUAAAUAAAUCAAACAAUGGUAAUAAUUCUUAUGAAAAAUCAUGGGGUAAUAAUUCCACUUCAAAUAAUUAUGGACGUGGCCGUGGCCGUGGUCGUGGUCGUGGUCGAGGUAUCCUUAAAAGAUUUGAUGAAGAAAAUGAAUCAUUUAAGGGUGACUAUGACUCUGGUAUUAAUAAUUAUGGUGAUAACGCUGCCCUUGGUCAUCGAGGUCGAGGACGAGGGCAUAAUCGAGGUAGAGGUGGAAAGCGUGAUCAAUCAUCAGAUGGCUGGUAUGGAAAUAGUGAAGAAAGUCAUAAAAAAAAUGAAAAUGAUAAACCAACUACACCAAAAACAGCAUACAUUCCUCCUGAUAUUGAAAAUGAAGAAUCUAUUUCUGGAAUUGAGGCAGGACUUAAUUUUGAUAAAUAUAAAACUAUUGAAGUAAAAGUGAGUGGAACUAACCCUCCUCAAAGUAUAGUAUCGUUUCCUAGUUCUGGGUUGUGCAGUAUUUUGUUAGGCAACUUAUUUAAUUGUAAUUUUUCUACUCCAACUCCAGUACAAAAUUAUGCAAUACCAAUUAUCAUUGAUGGUAGAGAUUUGAUGGCCAGUGCCCAGACUGGUUCUGGAAAAACUGCAGCAUAUGUUUUGCCUAUUUUGCAUAAUUUAUUAAAGCAACCAACACAAUUGAUUUAUGACGAUAAUCAUUGUGAACCACAUGUAGUUAUUAUUGCACCUACAAGAGAAUUAGUUGCACAAAUUUCUGAAUGUGUAUGGAAAUUUAGUAAAGGAACUGAUAUUAAAAAUGGGUUACUGUAUGGAGGUACAUCUGUUUCAUAUCAAAAAUCUAAGAUCCUGCAGAGAGGAGUUCAUGUAUUAACUAGUACUCCAGGACGCUUGAAUGAUUUUGUUGAAAAAGGUAUUGUGACUUUCUCUUCAGUUAAAGUUUUUGUUUUGGAUGAAGCAGAUAGAAUGUUAGAUAUGGGAUUUAAACCUGAUAUAGAAAGAAUAUUAACACAUUCAACUAUGACUUCCAUAGAAUCAAGACAGACAGUUAUGUUUUCUGCUACGUUCGCAAGUGAAAUACAACAUAUGGCUACUUCUUACUUGAAACCGGAUUAUAUAUUUGUAGCUGUUGGAGAAAUAGGAGGAGCAUGUAAAGAUGUUGUGCAAACAGUAAAAGAAGUCACAAAAUUUAAAAAAAAAAAUGCAUUACUUGAUAUAAUUAAAGAAAUGGAAGACUGUCAAGGUACAAUAGUGUUUGUCGAAAGAAAAAAAGUGGCUGAUUAUACUGCUGCAUAUUUAAGUGAAUUAGAUUAUCCUACUACAAGUAUUCAUGGUGCACGUGAACAACCAGAACGAGAACAGGCAUUAAGAGAUUUUAAGACAAAUAAAAUGAAAAUUCUAGUAGCCACUGCUGUUGCAGCUCGUGGAUUAGAUAUAAAAGGUGUAAAUUAUGUAGUUAACUUUGAUCUACCAAAAACUAUUGAUGAAUAUGUUCAUCGAAUUGGACGUACUGGUAGAUUAGGAAAUGCUGGUAAAGCUAUUUCGUUUUUUGACCCAGAAUUUGAUGGUCCAUUAGCACCUGAAUUAAUUAGAAUUCUCAAACAAGCAGAUCAAGAAGUUCCGUCAUUUUUAAAUGAUGCUUCAGAACGUAUUCUAGCUUCUCCAGCUAUUGAUAAUUUUAACGAUAUAAGAACGAAUGUUGAUGUCACAUCCAACUUAGUUGCUACUGAAGAAGAACAAUGGUAGAUUACUUGAGUCGUAAAGGAUUUAGAUAUACAAGAGUAUUAAUACAGAGUAAUUAUUUUAAUAUGAAUCAGUUAAUAUUAUUAAAAUUCAAGAAUCUAAAUUUUUUAUAAAAAUGGUUUGGGACUUUAGACAUUUACAUUUUAUUUGGUUUGACUUUGAAUCUAGUAAAGUCACAAAGUGUUAGGUAAACUUAUGUUAUGUAACUAUAAUUUAAAACAUUUAAUUUAUUUAAAUAGUUUUUUAUGUUUUAUUUAUUUCUACUUAGAAACAACUCUAGUGAACACUGAUAAAAACCUUUUUUUUUUUUGGUUAAUGUGUGUUAUGAUAGAAUUUUAUCUUUGAAGUCUUUGAACCCUAUUAUGUAAAUUUAGCAGUAAUAUUUAAUUUGUCUUAAUUUAUUUUUAAUCUGUUUUGUUGGUCAUGACUAGUCAUGGUCAAUAAAAAUAUUCCAACACAAUAUAACAUAUA